AUGCCAUCCUCCAAAAACGUCGUUCUUCUCGUCUACAAUUCUGUUCUUUUCCUACUCCAUGGCUACGCAUUCGGAUACACUCUUUUCGCAGGAGCAUCCCUCCAGUUCGACUACUCGAGCAUCUCCAACUUCCUUCUCUUCAUCACUUCCCUUCAGUACCUCGAUAUCAUCUUUUCCUUCUUUCUGACAAAGUCCAAUCCGGUCGCAGUUUUCAUCCAGGUUUCAUCCUUUUCUUCUCUGUCCAAUCUCUCGUUUACCUUCCAGGUUUCCGGCCGUCUCCUCGUGCUCUGGACCGCCGGAUACACAAUCAGAUGGACUGCCGUCGUCUUCACUCUCGUCACAGUCUACCUGCUCAGUGAGCUCUGUCGUGGCCCGUUCUACCUCGCAAACUGUCUCGGAUCUCCGAAUGACAACCUCACUUGGCUCCGUUACAAUGCGUUCAAAGUACUUUAUCCGAUUGGAUUUACUUGUGAAGGUCCCUCAGAACGACACCUCUUCCCAAUCUUUUCCUUCUUUUUCCAGGUCUUGUCUUUGCCAACUUCUUUCUGAGCUCUGGAUCCGUGAGCGUGCAAAGUCCCUCAUUCUUCCUCGUUCUCAUUUUCCCGUUCUUCUUCGCAGCCAUCGUGUGGUUCUUGUAUACUUCCAUGAGCAAGAGCGCUGCAAAGAAGAACAAAGAGCUCCAAAGAGCGAAGAGCCAAUGA